UAGAAGAAUCUGCAUUAGAAGAAAUUUAAGGUCCACUCUCCCAUAAAUAUUAAUUAAUUAAUUAAAUUGAUUAUUUUUUGAUUAGGUAAUUAAUGUGCAUGGGGGUUGAUGAGAUCUUUUGCAUCAAGUCAACAAAUUUACCAGCUCCUCUGGGUUGAAUUGGAUCUUCAUUCUUGAAAUUUCUUCAAAUUUACUGUGGCCUAAAAAUUUCAGUACUUACAGAACUCAAUAACAUCAUAUCAUUAAUGCUCACUCUACUUCAUCAAUCUUGUCACAACUACCCUAUUAAUCUUUCUUUGCUACCAUCUCUUUGUUUCUCUAUUCCAUUGUCUUUGAGCCCAAAACAAGAAUUUCAAGAAUCUGAAAUUUACAAAUCUUUUGCAGUUAGCUCAAAGAUUUGGCCAUUUUGGCAAAAGGGCUUGCUGUUUUGACAUGAAUUUAGUGUAAAGUUUGAAUCUUUUUUGUUUCCACCAUGCAGCCACCAACAUAUGUGUUUCCUCCACCAUUACCACUACCUCCAUUGUCAAAUCUUGAAAAUAGAGAUAACGGUUUCAGUUUGAACAACAAGGUUAGUCCAAGUAUUUUGCUAAUUAUCAUUAUAUUAGCUAUAAUAUUUUUUGUAUCUGGCUUGCUCCAUCUUCUUGUGAGGUUUAUCUUUAGGCCACAGAAUAGAGAGUUUGAUGAUUUAGAUGAUACAACUGUUCUUCAAGGUCAAUUGCAGCAGCUCUUUCAUUUACAUGAUUCUGGAGUUGAUCAGUCUUUUAUAGAUACCUUGCCAAUCUUUAAUUAUAAAGCUAUAGUAGGGGUUAAAAAUCCAUUUGAUUGUGCUGUUUGUUUGUGUGAAUUUGAGGGUGAUGAUAAUCUUAGAUUGUUGCCUAAAUGUAGUCAUGCUUUUCAUAUGGAGUGUAUAGAUACUUGGUUGCUUUCACACUCUACUUGUCCACUUUGUAGAGAUUGCUUGUUGUCUGAUUUUUCGACAAACAAGAAUUUCUCUCCUGUAGUCCUUGUUCUUGAUUCUGGUAGUGAGAGUUCAAGAGAAAUUGUUAAUGAUAGAGAGGGGGUUGUGGUUACCACUAGCAAUUCUCAAGAAUUGGGGUCCUUUCGUGUCGAGAAAUCUUGUGAAAUUCAAGUGAAGGAGGAGGAGAAUCAAGAAAAGAAAGUAGAGUUAGAGGAGAAAGUGUUUAGAGUUAAGUUGGGGAAGUUCAAAAAUGUCGAUGGAGGUGAAAAUAGUAGUGGUGAGAGUAAUGCUGGUCCUAGAAGGUGUUAUUCAAUGGGGUCUUUCGAGUAUGUUAUGGAUGAAGAUACAUCAUUGAAGGUGCCUAUACGAACCCCAUUGAAAAAACUGUCAUAUAAAAAGCCUGGUCUGCCAUUGGUUCCAGGCCAUAAAACCGCGAUGUCUGAGUGUGAUUGUUAUUCGAGGAGAGAUUUUACUAGUUUAGCAACAUUUAAAAGUGUGGACAAUCAUAUUGGUACGAGUACUAGUCCUAGUAUCAGUUAUGUUGAUGAUAGAAUUAGGAAGAACAAGGAGGAAAGCUUUUCAAUUUCAAAGAUUUGGCUCCGGGGUAAGAAGGAGAGGCCUAAUUUGAACAACGGGGAGUCAUCAAGGAGAACCUCCUCACUCCGGUUUCUAAUGCACAAGAAUGUGGUUGCUGGGGACGAAACGAAGCUCAAGAAUGUGAUGCAGACUGGAAGCAGGAGGUCUAGUUGCGAUAUGAUGGAAUGUGGAGGAAGUGAGCUAGGUUGUAACGAGGAAAACCAGAGCAGCAAUAGUUUGGAUUCUCAGGCAAAUACACAGUCAUUUACCAAGAGGACUUUGAUUUGGCUUAUGGGAGGACAAAACAAGGUUGUGCACUCAUCUUUCUCUACAAAUGUUUAGUCUAGUUUUGAAUUGAAAUAUUAUUCUGGUUUCCGUUAACCGGCUGGAAUCUCAUGAUCCAAACGCUCCUCAUUCUUUUCUCCGGCUCUUUUACAUAAGGUUCCUGGUAAAAAGUUGUUACAUUUAUAGUAGAAUUAGUAAAUGAAAAUGUAAGAAUUUUUGAUUCUGAAAGAGUCUGAAAUUUGCAGUGUGAAGGCUUGAUCAAUGAUAUGUUAUUGUGCCAGUGCAGUUCAUUUUUUAUAA